GAUCAAAAAAUAGAGGGGCUUAAGGAUAAAAAAAUUCCGUUGAUAAAAGACUACUUCUACUAUUACCAGUACCGCAACGAAGGUUCUAAUGUUGGCCCCACGAGGAACAGCUGUCGCACAAGAGUCUGAUAUUGUACUUGUGUUCCACAACUACCUCAAUCUGACGCCCCUGAAGCUUAAAGCAGGCGAUAUUCUGCAUUGUAAGGAGGGCAAAUUUGCUCACAACGAUAUCAUCGGUAAACCACUCGGAACUUAUAUCCAAGGUCUGAGCAACAUCAAAGACGACCCCAUUACACCCUCUAUAUUAGUGCUACAGAAUAGUGCAGACUUGUGGACGCAGGCAGUACCACAUCGUACACAGAUUAUUUACGACACCGAUAUUGCCGUUAUAGUUUUCAAAUUAAAUCUAGGACCCAACAAGCGUGUGGCUGAAGCGGGCACCGGCAGCGGGAGUCUCACUCAUUCAUUGGCUAGAGCAGUUUUUCCUAAAGGCGUUGUUUUCACAUAUGACUUUCACAAGGAUCGCUGCCUGGAGGCACGACGUGAGUUCCGAGGCAAUGGGAUCGGACCCAAGCUCGUAUCCAGCCACUGGCGAGACGUGUGUGCUGUCAACACCGGCGUGCCCGAUAUCGAUCCUGACCAGGUAGACGAGGAAGUGGAUGUCGCUAAUAUGAUAAAGCCUCUAUGCGGGUUCGGACUGCCUCGUUGCUCCGUCGACGCGGUCUUUCUUGAUGUACCAGCUCCAUGGGAGUCCAUUGAAAACGUUCGGCACAUCUUGAAGCCCAACGGUAUGUUGUGCACUUUCUCGCCCUGUAUCGAGCAAACACAGCACACAGCUUCCAAACUACGCGAGUCACCACAGGAGUUCGUUGAUGUGCACACCGUGGAGGCCCUUACAAAGUACUUUGAGCCAGUUUACAAGCGUGCCCGAGAAGCUGGAGACCGUGACGGACUACGAUUCCGCCCAGCCCUGGUGUCCAAGGGGCACAGCGCGUACCUUACCUUCGCGCGACGACGUCUUGAGCCCCUGGGGGGUGACAAUAGUUUAGCCCUAGAGAAUGGAAAUGAAUGCAAAGACGGAAAUAAAAGCCCAGUGGAUGUUCUUGAAAAAGACUAA